AGUGUGGUCGUGAUUUUUGAUGGCGUCUCCCAACCCGCUUGGCGCACACGCCUGUGCGGGAAACGCGCAUUCCGCCGUUAAAGUGUGCGGUAAUGAGCGGCGGGAGCCGCCGCAGUGACACAGAGGAAGGGUCGGCCUUGUCUGGAGGCUUUGGCUCCUGUGGCUCUCAGAGCGUGAUGUCAGCGGCGGCAGCGCUGUUGUAAUUCUCUCGGUGGGGGUGAUGGCGUCACUCUCUGCCCGGCUGUAGCCUCCUGCUCCGAUAGUGAAGCGACACGGAUCUCGGGCCGACGUGACCGUGGCUCCGUUGGCCGGGAUCGAGUACCGCCAAGCCGGACCAUUCAUCCCGGGAAACAUGGAGGCUGUGGCCGAGGAGCUGCGGGCCGGCUCUCGGGUCCCUGUCACCAUCGAUCAUAUGGUCAACGAUACACUGGUUGUGACGCUGACUUACCAAGAAAGGAACUACACAGGAAUAUUACUGGAUUCCAACAAAAAAAAUGGCCUGUUUUGUCUGCCAGAUUUCACAGCCAAGCCCGGGAUUUGCCCCUUAACUAAACCAGCCUGUGAAGUCCCAGAAACUCUGAGUGAGGAGCCCGCUCCCAAAUCCCCAAGCCGGGUUCCGCACAGACCAAAGGAUGAGAAUUCGCUCCCUGUAAGCAGCAUCCCCGCUGCACCUGUACCAGGCCCCAUCCCAGCACCUGUGCCGCCCGGACAGACUCCGUAUCCUCCUUAUUUUGAAGGAGCACCUUUUCCUCAGCCCUUAUGGGUGCGUCACACCUACAGCCAAUGGGUCCCACAGCCCCCUCCAAGAUUGAUAAAGAGAAAAAAGAGACGGACACGAGAACCUGGCCGCAUGACCAUGAGCACCAUACGUCUGCGGCCUCGACAGGUACUCUGUGAAAAGUGCAAAAACACACUGAACAGUGACGAGGACAGCAAAGACGGCCUGAGUAAUGCCAAGACCUCAAGGAAAGAGAACACCCUACACAGCGACGAUGAUGGAAAUUAUAAGGAUGCUCCAUCUAAGUUUUCUAGAAAAGAGGAUGUUGUUGCAGCCAAGGAUACCAAAAGACGGGAAAACGGCAGCAGCCUUGACAGUAAGCGUCUCAGGAAAGACAAAAGAGGCGAGGCUGAUGGUGAGAAGUUUCCUGCAGGGGAUGUCAUUCCUCACAGUCCUGUCAUAAAGAUUUCCUACAGCACUCCACAGGGAAAAGGGGAGGUCAUAAAGAUCCCCGCCAGAGUUCACGGCUCAGUCAAGCCUUUCUGUCCAAAACAGCUGGUGCAGAAUGGUGCUGAGGAACACAGCAAAGUGUCCGCCGAUGCCACCAAGGAACAGCGGCACAUCUUGGAUGCCACGAGGUCUGGCCUCACGGUCUCUAUUCCUAAACUCAAAUUAAGCAGACCCUAUGCAAACGUGGUUCAAGACCUGCCAUCCCCUAAGAUUCGUUUGAAGCCCCCUCAAAGGGGAAGUGAGGAGACCAUGGUGGAGUAUGAGGCAGAGCUUGUUGACGGAACCAGGAGACGAAGCCCCAGAGUGCCUGGGCCCUGUCUUCCCCACUCUGAAGACUCUGGAGAAGGGAAGAACUCUCUGGAGUUGUGGUCGGGGAGUUCUGGGGAGGAGGCUGAGCGCAGCCACAGUGACCUCACCCUGCUGAUCAAUUUCCGUAAACGUAAAGCAGAUUCUUCCAGCCUGUCGGUGUGCAGCAGCGAUAGCCUGGAUGAGUCCAAGUCUUUUAGCUCUGACGGCACCUCACCAGAGCUGUGUGACCUGGCUCCAGGCGAAGACCUCUCAGUGACCUCGUCUUCUGCCACACCACAGGACGACUGCAAGACAGUGCCGCCGCUCACCGUGCGCCUUCACACCCGCAGCAUGACCAAAUGUGUGACAGAGGAGGGGCAUGCGGUGGCGGUUGGUGACAUUGUGUGGGGGAAGAUUCAUGGCUUCCCCUGGUGGCCGGCGCGCGUUCUCAGCAUCAGCGGCACGCGCAAACAGGAGACGUCCAGCUGUGAGGCACAGUGGCCUCAAGCAAAGGUGGCCUGGUUCGGUUCCCCCACCACCUCCCAGCUCUCUGUUGCCAAACUUUCACCCUUCCGGGAACUCUUCAGGUCCCGCUUCAACCGCAAGAAGAAAGGGAUGUACCGGAGAGCCAUCCUGGAGGCAGCCAAGGCCGUCGGUCACAUGAGUCCGGAGAUUACGUCGCUGCUUUCCCACUGCGACACAUAGAGGCUGAGGACUCCAGAGGUCUCCCAGGUUUUUCUGGAUUCUGUCAUAAAGGAGGAACGAUGUGCGGUUGCCACGGCUUCUACUUUAUGCUGGUUUUUUUUUUCUCUCCUGCCCCUGAUUUUUUUUCACAAAGGGGGCAGAAAGAGCAGCCAAAAUGGAUUUUGGCCGGACUGGAAAAGGGAGCAAAAAAAUAUCGAGGCCAGGCGUGUAUGAACUUUUCCUCUCCUUUUUUUUUUUUUUUUUUUAGACUUGAUCAUAUUUCAGAUAGAGCCGAAACACUACAAGGACCUGAAUGUAUUUAUUAUCUGUAAUAUUUUAUCAGGAUCUAGAACCUUCUCACUACAGUCUCGCAAAAAAAAAAGAAAAUCCCCUCCCAGUGUGCUGCUGUUAUGGACCUCACCAGGUUCAGCUCGUCCAGCCAGAGGAGGCCUCUUCAGACUCGCUCCUCUCCUCACUGUUGGACUCCUAAAGUCUUACUCUGAAGCCUCUCACUGCUAAAAAUGUCAGUGGCACCAUCAGAGACGGUAGUGACCCCUCCCCUCGUGACGCGUCUUUUCAUCCGUCUGUGACAUGGGUUGUGGAUGUAUUUAUGCUGAACUCUGUCCUGUAUUAUGUCGAGUUUCCUUCCAUUUCACUUUCCAUAUGUCCUAACUUCCACUCUUACCCUGAAGUCUUUAAGGGGACACAUUUAAAGCAAAAAAAGCACUUUAUCUGUACCUUGGUGGCCUGCAGUGAGCUCUCUGUCUGAAAUGCAGGAAGCAGCUCUGACGGGCAGCAGGGACUUUAGGAGCCUAUGUGCUUCGACUAUCUACAAGUCAUGACUGUCCAGGACUAUCUGAGUCUCCAUGACUGUCCAGAACUAUCUACGAGUCUCCAUGACUGACCAUGCCAAUUUUCAAGUCUCCUAGACUGUCCAGAACUAUCUACGACUGUCCAUGACUAUUUUCAAGUCUCCAUGACUAUCUGACUUUCUCUGAGUCUUCAUGACUACCCAUUACUUUCUCACCAGUCCACGAGUGUCCUUGACUUGUAACCCCUAGAGAUGGUUGUGUUGGCUGUAGUCCUGCAUUCUGACUGUUCCUCUCAAUCAACUCACUACAGACCCCUCACUAAAAGUUUUUACUGGAAGAAAGGGAAUAAAAGUUGACCCCUCCCCCCAUUCAAUGUUAGGUAAAGUUUGAGUUUUUGGGUAGCAAAGAAGUGAACAUGCUGUAAGAAAACUGUGAAGCUGCAGAGGAGCAGGUCAGUUAAGGACCCCUAUGGGGGGGUGUCUCCCCUCUGACUGGUGGAGCUGAGCAGUGCAGGUCUACAUGGAAGACAAACAUGGCUGUCUACUGUUUCCCUCAUUGGUCAAUGCUAAUGGCUACUUUUUGUUUCUUUUCUACAUGUACUGUACAUAAAAUAAAAUAUACAAGCAAUAUUUGUGCA